CAUUACUAAUAAGACAAAACCUUUGUUUAGAAAAGCCCGAGCAAUGUUUUGAUGAAAAAAGAGAAAAUAAAAUGAAUAUGAUUUAGAAAACAAAACCAAAAGAUCCGGAAUAAAAGUUGUGAUCGAAAAAAGAAGAAAUAAAAAAAAAAUUGUUUGAUGAAAUUAUUGUUAUUUGGAAAGAUUGAGCCGAACAAUUGAGGGAAGAUAUUUAUUAUCCGUUUUGCGACGAUCAUAAAUCGGAUUUUUAAUGAAUCAGUGAAAUUUUAUGUAACAAAUUCGAAUUGUACGUAAUUUUGUUUGUUUGUUUGUUUUUGUACACCGAAUUCAACUUCGUGAGCAGCCAAAAUUGUAUGCCAAAUAAAAAUGAAUGAUAAUCCUGAUCUUUCGAUACUGAGUCAAAAUGUUGACAAAAGUCAGGUUCCUCCUAUCGAACAAAAGCGUCUGGUGGCAUUUAUCAAUGAAUUUAUCAUUUCAACCGUCACAUUUCUCAACGAAUUCAUGACGAAUGUCGAAUCGAAAUUCGUCGACUUCGAAUUGAAAAUGCAAAAGAUUGAAGCCUCAUUGUUAAUAGUCGAAGCAAAGAUGGCUUCAAUACCUGAUGUUCAGACAAAAUCAUCACCACCAACGAACAUUCAAAGCGAAACAAUGCAAGAAACAGAGCCUCAAACCCCAACGAUUGAAGCAGCACAUGAACCAAUACCGUCCACUGUGCAAACCACUGAAACUGAAAUUGAUAAUAAAGCCGAUGCACAAGAGACGGCUAGUGAUGGUGGUGUGAAAGCCAGUGAUGAUACCAGAUAUCGAAAAUACUUUAAAAUGCUGCAAUUCGGUGUACCAGCACCGGCUGUCAAAUUAAAAAUGGUCAAUGAAGGAUUUGAUCCAAACGUUCUUGAUGAUCCAAAUCGUGUUCUGGAAGAUGGUAUCCUCUUUGUUGUCACAGAAGAAUAAUGGAUACUCACAUCAUUUCAUUUCAAAAUUCAUUUCAAACAUUUGUGAUUUAAUGAACACAUUCCUGUUUAUAUUUCUUGUUUAAGUUGACAUCUAAUUCAAAAUAAAUGUUCUGAGAAAAAAUGAA